UUAUUCUCAAAAUUAACAUUUCACGCCUAUAAAUCUCUGAAUCCAUCCCCGCAUCUAGGGUUUCUAUUCUCUUUGAUUUCUUCCCCAAAAAAAUUUCAACUUUCAUUUAUGGAGCCCAGCCCUAAGAAAUUGAAUUGAGUUCCGACUUAAAGUUUUUUCGGAAUUCAAUUGCAACUGGGAAGCCAUUGAUUUCAGAAUUUCCGGUGUAUUGGAUAAUUCCUUGGGCUGGAAUGAUAGUUGCUUGUUCUCGAUCUUGAUCUGAAUAAUUUCGGGGUGAAUAUCAAAGUUGCCUAGUAUUUGUUAGUUGGAAUUUAGGUGACUUUUACUGCAUAUGGAUUUGGAAAGCGAGUGUUCUGUACUUGGAUCAGUGGAAGAUAAUGAGGAAAUUACUAAUGAUUCUGUUUCCGGGAAUUUGGAAAAUUUUGGUGAAUCUAAGGUUCAGAUUAAUGGGUCUUGUUCAGUGGAAAAUAAUGAUAACAAUGAGUUGUUCCCUGAGGUGGAGCAAAAGGAAGCUGACGUCUUGGACUCUGUAAGUUUGCCUCCUGUGGAUUUGAAACCUGAAGUGUCUCCAUCCCCUUCGACGACAAGGAAAGGUUAUGGCCUGAAGAAAUGGAGAAGGAUCAAGAGAGAUGCCAAUAAGGGUGGGGAUAGUAGCAUUGCUACUAGUAAGAUGGUGACACAGGACUCACUGUAUCCAGGUCUGAAUUCGAGCAAACGGGUGCAAGUUUAUGCAGAACGCAAGCAGAAGAGUGACGGUUCAGUUUCUUCCACAAAUGCUCUGGUUAGAAGUUUGGACGGUUUUGCUCAGCUUGAUGAUUCAGGGUUGGAGUUGGGCCCACCAUUUGCUGCUGGAACAGAUUCAGAGAACAGUGAGGAUCAGAGUAGCAAGUCCUCGACAGCAGCCAGCGCUCCAAGGAUGAAGUAUGAGAAUCCGGUGGUUGCGGGAUUUCUGCGCGAUAAGGGCAGGAUGAGGAGUUUGAGUGGAAAGAAUUUGACGCACUCAGUGCAGCGUGGUCAGCAGGGAAAGGGUCGGAUUGAGAGCACUAAGAAGGCUAGAGGAGAACGGGUCAAAAUCGAGAAGGAAAACUCUCAUUCCAGCUUGGAAUCUGACUCGCGAAGUUCCAAUUUUGUAUUUAUGCAGGGAACUUAUUUCACAAAUAAUGGAACACAAAAUGAAAGGCCGAAGGAUUAUGAUGGAGAAAAUGGUGAUGAAGUUCAGGACAGUGAACAAGACAAUGAUGGACGUCAAGAUGUUUAUGAUAGAGAUGGUGAGGAUGGAUGUGAAGAAUCGUCGCCUGAAGAUGUAGUUGCUGACUCAUCUUCGGAGGUCAAAGAAGAAAGAAGCGAGAAUCAUGGAUCCUCUAGAGAUCAGGAUCCUCUAAUUGAAUCUAUCUUCGUGCUCCAAUCUACACAAGAAGCACUAGAAAAAGAGCUGGUAAAGAUUAAGGAAAUCAUCAAAGAUAUUUCAGUUGAUGAUUCUGUUUCAGACUCUCACAAAGAGUUUAUAGAUGUCGAACAAAAACUCCAAGAAACAAUCUCUGAUCGAAGGGUCCCUCAGGAUUGUUCCCCAGCUCUGCAAUCUGAUGUGGUAGAAACAGCAAACAGAGCUGUGGAAACUGAACUUGAGGGCCACUUUAAACAAAAGAUUGAAGUUGAAGUAGAAUAUUUGGCAUUAUCAAGCAUGGUCCAAAAGCUGAAAGCGGCUGCUGGAAAUCAUAUUACUGUUUUGGAAGAACAGAAAGCUCUAGUGUCAGAGCAGACAGAAAUACUCGAUAAGCUUGGCAAUGCAGAAAACAAGGCUUUGAUGCUUAAGAAACAAGCUGAGACGUUGGAAAAUUUUUGUGAAGACAUUGCCAGUGCUGAUGAAACGUUGGAGCUACAAAAGAGGGUUUGUAAGUACAGUUCAUGUUUCUUUCUGCAGCUAGUGUUGUUGGUAAUCAUCUUAAGUGUCUUAUUCCAGUUAUCACCAAAUUAUGUGGAGGUUGUUCCAACUUAGUUUUAGCAAUUUUCUUCCUUCACUUUCUACCCAUACUCGAGAUUUUGAUAUAUAUGCUACGGUGGUUAUUCUCCCCUCAGAGGUAGAUGUAUAGGUGAAACUGCGAGUAGCUAGCUAGCUCUUUUUGUAAGAGAAUUUUCACAUUGUACUAUAGCUGAUUCUGCAGCUUUCUUUUUUUCAUACAAGGUUUUUUUUGCUCCAAAUAUGAAUGUGAUCAUACUUGACAAGUAUUAGUGGCACGAGAAAUUACUAUGCCACCCAGCGAUUUCUGAAUUUUACCCUGGUCACUUCUUGGUGUGUAAUGCGAAGACAGAAAA